UAUAAAUUCCAUCCCCGUGUCUCAACUUCACUACUUCACAAGAACUGAGUGAAACAAACAACACCAGCAUUUCAUCUGUCACGUAACUAAACAUGGAAAUCCUUCCCAUUCUCUCCGAUUCCUACACUCUAGGUUUCAUCGGCGCCGGAAAAAUGGCCGAAAGCAUUGCCAAAGGCGCCUCCCGCUCCGGCGUGUUACCCUCUUCCCGCAUCGUAACCGCUCACUCUAACCCCUCUCGUCGAGCCGCCUUCGAGUCCAUCGGCAUCACCGUCCUUUCUUCCAACGACGAUGUCGUUCGUGCCAGCAACGUCGUCGUUUUCUCGGUUAAACCUCAAUUAGUGAAGGACGUUGUGUUGAAAUUGAAGCCGCUCCUAACUAAGGACAAGCUUUUGGUUUCUGUUGCUGCUGGAAUCAAGUUGAAAGAUCUUCAGGAAUGGGCUGGCCACGAAAGAUUUAUAAGGGUAAUGCCAAAUACACCUGCUGCAGUUGGCCAGGCGGCAUCAGUUAUGAGCUUGGGAGGAGCUGCAACAGAAGAAGAUGCAAAUCUUAUAUCCCAAUUAUUUGGGUCAAUUGGCAAAAUAUGGAAAGCUGAUGAUAAGUUUUUUGAUGCAAUAACUGGUCUAAGUGGCAGUGGUCCUGCUUAUAUUUAUUUAGCAAUAGAGGCUCUGGCUGAUGGAGGAGUAGCAGCUGGUCUACCGCGUGAUCUUGCAUUAAGUCUAGCUUCUCAGACUGUACUAGGAGCAGCAUCAAUGGCAACCCUUAGUGGGAAGCAUCCAGGACAGCUCAAGGAUGAUGUCACUUCUCCUGGCGGGACAACAAUUGCAGGCGUUCAUGAGUUGGAAAAAGGGGGUUUCCGUGGAACACUGAUGAAUGCUGUUGUUGCUGCCGCUAAACGCAGCCGAGAGCUUUCCUAAACCUAUAGGUGAGGAUCCUAUAGCAGCAGAGAGCUUUCCUAAAUGGGCGAGGAUCCUAUUAUUUCUAAGAGAAAACUUUGAUUUCAGUAGAGUUUUCUGCUUACAUAUAGUAUGUCAAAGUAGCCUUCUUUGAGAUGAGUAGUAGUUGCGGAAAUGUUUAGUCUUAGAAACUUCUUUUAUAAAUGCUCUACUAGUAUAGACGAUUUCAGCCAAGUAGCUCAGAAUAACAGCCAGUCCCGCUUAUUGUUGCUUGCCGGGGCUUGACGUUUCUUUACUGAAGACGAUCAUUAAGAACAAUUUGGCCACUAGACAUGGAUUCACAUGUACAUGCAGUUAUGCAUUUUGUCUCUAAUUAUAUCAAGCUUAUUUCGUUUUGCC